CUUGCCUUCUCACGUGACUCGCCGAGGACUAAGCAAUUUUUAGUUGUUGGAUCGUCGAACGCAAUGGCAAACUCGGUAGACGAAGCAGAGGUAAGAAGACGAAAUAUGGAAGAGUCUGUUCGAAAAUACUGGUCGGCUGCACCUCCGAGUUGCAAAAGGGACCCUUCAGAAUUGACUAAUGAAGAAAAGACGUUGCCUUUUCUUGAAUCUCUCCUGAUGUACAAAAACGUGACUAAUAAAACGAAAGAAAGAUAUAGUGCAAUUGAUCUCUCUUUCGAAGCUGUAAAUCUCCUAAAACAAGCUGCGAACGAAGAAUCGGAAGAAAUCUCAACGGAGGAUGUAUUGCAAACUAUAAGAAGGAUCGAAGACUUUACAAUGGAUAUCGAUGUAACUCAUGCUUUUCUGAAGAAUAUGCCUAUGAAUAUGUAUAGAAGAGGCGUUGAAGAGACACAUUCGAAAAUUAUGGAAAUUGCCAAAAUGGCCGCAGAUAUAAAUAAAGACGAUUCCCUGCAAUUCUUGGUUGAUCAGAUUGAUGAAAUGAAGGAGAAAGGUCGUCAGACGUUUACUUCUAUCAAUCAUAAUUUUCUUCGUCUAAACGAAAUCAAAGAAGGAAUUCAAAACUUGCUUUUGUUGAUGAAAAAGGAGCUGAAGUUCAAGAAUCCUCUCGAAGAGGAGCUCGAAGAGGAAGAUGAAGAGCCCAAGAGUGCUCUCGGUGAUGAUUUAGUUAGAAUGCUCAAGGAAGUUCUCGAAGGGGAAGAUGAAACGCCCAACGGUGCUGUCGAAGAGGCAGGUACAAAGCUCAAGAAAGUUCUCGAAGAGAGAGUUCGAAUGCACAGGGAAGCUCUAGAAGAGGAAAAUGAACAGUUCAAGAAAGCUCUCGAAGAGGCAGAUGGUAAGCUCAAGGAAGCUCUCGAAAGAGGAAUUAGAGAACGCAAGGAAGUUCUCGAAAAGGCAGAUGACAAGCUCAAGGUAGCUCUCGAAGAGGCAGUUAGAAAGCUCAAGGAAGCUCUCGAAGAGAUAGUUAGAAAUCGCAAGGAAGAGGCAGAUGAAAAGCUCGAGGAAGUUCUGAAAGAGGUAAUUAGAAAGCUCACGGAAGUUCUCGAAGAGCUACUUAAAAAGCGCAAGGAAACUAUAGAAGAGGCAGAUAAAAAGCUCAAGGAAGCUCUCGAAGAGCUACUUAAAAAGCCCGAGGAUGCUUUCAAAGAGGCAGUUACAAAGCUCAGGGAAGCUCUAGAACAGGGACUUAGAAAGUGCACGGAAGAGACGGAUGAAAAGCUCAAGAAAGUUCUCGGAGAGGCAAGUGGAAAGAUAAAGGAAGCUUCCAAAGAGGCAUUAACAAAGCUCACGGAAUCUCCAGGAGAGAGAGAUGAAAAGCUCAGGGAAGCUUUCAGACAGGCAGUUAUAAAGGUCAAGGAAGUUGUCGAAGAGUUAGUUAGAAAGCGAACGGAAGGUCUAGAUGAGAAGCUCAAAGAAGCACUCGAAGAGGCAGUUAUAAAGCUCAAGGAAGCUCUCGAAGAGCUUGUUAGAAAGCCCAAGGAAGCUCCAGAAGUGGCGGGUGAAGAGCCCAAGGAAGCUCCAGAAGUGGCGGGUGAAAAGCCCAAGGAAGCUCCAGAAGUGGCGGGUGAAAAGUCCAAGGAAGCUCCAGAAGUGGCGGGUGAAAAGCCCAAGGAAGCUCUCGAAGAGGGAGUUAGAAAGCGCAAGGAAGCUCCAGAAGAGGCAAGUGAAAAGCCCAAGGAAGCUCCCGAGAAGGCAGUUAGAAAAUCCAAGAAAGCUUCUAAAGAUGAAGUUAGAAAAAGCCAAGGAAGCUCCCAAAGAGGAAAUUAAAAAUGCAUUUUAAAAAACUGGAAUGUUCAAAAAAUUUUGUUUAUUUAGUAAUAAAAUGUAUUUGAAAUUAUUGAAUUAAAUUAAUGGGAUACUGUAACACAACACCUGAGCAAUCUGCUAAGGGAAGUGCCUCACUAGAGGACUUUCUAUGGUGUUAAUUUCCUAUUUCGGUGUUUAGACACGUGAAGAAAACGCGGAAGACUUCGUGUUCAGCCCGUUGGUCAGGCGCAAACUCACGACUAGCUCCCAGUGUUUGGUGGUUUUAUCCACUAGUCUACUGGUGGGUGGUAUUAUUGAAAGCCCUGGGUUUUUAAAUCUGGUAAUAUUAAAAAGAUUAUUUGCGUUGAAGAAAA